AUCAUUAUAAACGAAUGCCCUUCUUGUCAUUUUAGUGUGAUGCGGUCAUAUUGAACUUUACCCCCAGACCUAGUUUUGGAGAUACCAUUCUAACUUGUAGGGGUCAAUGAUAUGUAUACAAGAGUAUCACUUGAACGGCAAACGUAGUUUGGAGGAGAGCAAUGUAAAUUUGUGUAAUACUGAUUGUUUGAAAUCUUAAGGAAAUAUUUUAGAUAGUGUCACUUAUAUAAAUGAAUGAAUUAUAUUAAUGAAACCUCCCUAUGAUUUCUCCAAUACGUGGUCUAUCCCUUAUCAUCUUUGCUGUCGUGCUGAAAUAUUUCGCUAGAUGGCAGUGCUACACAGUGGGACAAGAUGGUCAAAGAUCAUUCGGUGCUAGUCAACGGGGGUCAGGUGAGACUAGGGAUUUCAAGUGUCAUAAAAAGACAGGUCAAAUAAAGCCAGUGGUCAACAGGUCGAGAUGGAGGCCAUCUCUGCAGUUGUCCAGUUGGCUGGAGGAGCCGUACUGACCACUCUGGCCUUGGCUGUCUUUGUCAUGUACACCCAACCUGCCAACAUUGUGCACUUCUUUCUGAGGUUGAACAAAUGGAGGACGGGCUGUACCACUAAGUACGUGAAAGUGGGGGAGCAGCAGUUUGCUUACAUGGAGAGGGGCCGGCCCAGUAAGAACCAACCAUCGCUGCUCUUCCUGCAUGGCUUCUCCGACAGGAAGGAGACUUACUGUGAGAUCAUCAUGCAUCUGCCCAAACACCUGCACCUGAUUGCUGUAGACUUACCUGGACAUGGAGACACCGGCAUCAAGGCAAAGGCUGACCUGACUGUAGAGGCAUAUGCUGCCAAGCUGCAUCAGUUCAUCAGCGAAGUUGACCUUAACCAUGGCCCCCUGCAUAUUGUCGGACACUCCAUGGGUGGCGGCCUUGCUGGUUGCUACGCAGCUACGUAUCCAGAGAAGAUGUGGGCUCUGACAAUGAUAUGUCCUGGUGGUGUAAAGGUGCCAGAGAACAGUGUCAUGUUUGAGAAGAUUUUCCGGGGAAACAAACACGUGAUGAUCCCUGAGACUGUGGAGCAGGCAGAGGAAAUGUUCAAUAUUUGUCUGUACAACAAAUCACUCAUACCUCCCAAACGGGUAUUACAAGGAUAUGUGGACUACUCCAAACCAUACAUAGACUUCAACAAAGAACUAUUUGAUGCUAUGUUGGAACUUGGACAAGAUGGACUGACCCCUUACCUUGGGAAGAUCUCUACACCGACACAGGUGAUGUGGGGAAGACAUGACAAGGCCCUACACAUAGCUGGCCUGGAUGUGAUAAAGAGAGAGAUGUCAGCACCUCUGCAGGUGGAUGUUAUAGAGGACUGUGGACACACUGUUGGCUUAGAAGCUCCCAAAAAGGCUGCUACGUUUCUGUUGAACUUCAGGGAAACCGUUCUCAACAAGUAGAAUAUAACUUAGAGGCUUUGGGAACAUAUUGUUUAUUGUCAGUAAAGGAAAACUUCUUCAAGUUGAAGUCAAUUCACCCAGAAGUGAUUAAUUCUGGUAGUAAAUGAACAUCCUCGUGUAAAAUGUCUGUGAAUUUAUGGACUUAAACAACUUAAAAAGUGAAGUUUAACAUUGUUAGUACACAUACAAUCCAUGAUUGAUAUACAAUGAUUCCAAUAGGCUGUAUAGAUAGGUAAUAUCUGUUGUAUGAUAUACAUAUGAAAUGUAAUGUUAUCAUGUAAUAAUUCCAGAGUAAUGCUUUAUUACUUGAAGUUGUAUUUUAAUCAGUCUCUUUACAAUUUACGACAACUUAGAGCUACCAAAGGUUUUAAUUGCUUAAAUGAGCAGAUUGCAGUGCAAUAUUUCCUUCUAUGAUAAUCAAAAUCAUGCUUUAUAAUGAAGCACCUUCAUACAAUGUAUGCCCCUUGGUUCGAACCGUUCCAGCAAUUAUUACACAUCUGCCAGUUUGGUAGAUCACACCUCGGAGGGAAAUUCCAGCACAGUGAGCCAGGAUAUUGUGAGAGGAACACUGAUGAUGAUGAUGAUCAUGACGCGCACCGCACAAGUUCAGCAAACUGGUUUUAGGGAUAACCUUUGUUCAGGACAAUAGACCAUAGGGGCUUGAAAGGAGGGAAGAACUCAUACAUCUCUGUUUAAAUGCUAUGUGCUACAAUAGUUACAUUUGAUGUGUGCUAUGUAACACCUCCAUGUACAUGCCCUUUAGGGCUUAUAUGUAGGGAUGGUGUAACUUAUUGCAAAUUCUUGCCCAAGGACUAAUUUCAGGUAACAUGAAAGGAGACAAACAAAUGUGUAGAAUAGUACAGAUUGUGUCUACUGCAGUCUAAAAGACUGUCAUUCUCGUACAGGACAGUAUAGCCACAUUCGACGCUUUAGGCCUGAUAUCAAUUAGGAUUUUACCAUGGUCAAUAUUGACCGAAAGAGGCCAUAUAUAGUCUAAAAUCUAACUAGUAAACUGUAACUUCUUUUCCUGAGACAAUGGAAGACGGAGGGUCCCAACCUAUUCCAUAAUGUGUGGGUUCUGUGAUGUUAGGAGGGAGGUAGAUUUCUUUUUGUCUGUAAACAUGGGAAAAUUUGGGAGGAAUUUAGUGACCUCAAAUAGAGCCCUCUGGCCAGGGUAUAGUAUUUGUUUUGUCACUGUAAAUGAAUUAAACCAAACAUGAUUCCAACAGGUA